AUGGAGGAUCACCUCCUUCAGCAGGACGAGACCCUUAAGGUACUCGGAAUUUCGUGGCUUCCCCACGACGACAUGUUUCGUUUUCAAGUGAACGCUUCGUUUACGGUCACUCCGACGAAGCGUUCAGUCCUGUCAGUUAUUGCUCGAUUAUACGACCCCCUCGGCUGGGCCGCCCCCGUCGUCAUUGUUGCAAAAAUCCUUUUACAGGAAUUAUGGUUAACCCAAUCCGAUUGGGACACCCCUCUCCCUGACGAAUUGCGUCAGCAGUGGGAGGCAUAUUAUAAUAAUUUAAAGACACUAAAUGGUAUCCGGAUCCCUCGUUGGACCGGUCGACGAGAUAACGACGUCGCUUUUGAAUUACACGGUUUCGCGGAUGCCUCCAACCGAGCCUACGCCGCCGUUUACAUUCGCAUUCUUCACAUGCAAGCAGACGUUCAAGUCUGUCUACUCGCCGCGAAAACUAAAGUCGCGCCUCUUAAAACUCUCAGCAUACCGCGACUCGAACUGAACGCUAUCGUAUUGCUGAGUCGAUUGAUUAAAUGGGUUCAGAUGACCCUAAGCACGCCCUCCGCGUCAGUGUUCGGCUGGUCAGAUUCGGCGGUCGCGCUAGCAUGGCUACGCCAGCACCCCGCGAAGUGGCAAACGUUCGUAGCCGAUCACGUGUCCGAGGUGCAACGUACCCUGCCGGAGGCGCGUUGGAAUCAUGUGUCUUCUAAAGACAACCCCGCUGACUGCGCCUCACGCGGCCUGUCGGCUGAAGAACUGUUCUCUCACCCCCUGUGGUGGACAGGGCCGAGGUGGCUCGCCCGGUCGUCUACGUCGUGGCCGACCGACGACCACUCUCUUUCUCUUGAUAGUAGUACCAAUCCACAGGUCUACGACGAAGCGCUCACGUCGUCCUCCACGUUAAAAGUGAGGACGAGUGGGAACUGA